AUGUUCUCUCUGAUACUCCAUGGGAAGAAGUCUAUCGAGUUGCAGAAAUGGCGUAAUUCGAGAAUUCUAGUGAAGCUCUUUCAAAAUGCAUCAUCGGAUUUUUCCAGUUCGUCCUCCUCUGUUAUUGCCCAUGUGAGCCCUCCUCAAGAUCUUCUAAAAGGCAAGACUUUUACAGUCUCUUACCUCGUUGAUUCACUGGGUUUCACUACAAAACUCGCAGAAUCGAUCUCAAGGAAAGUUAUUUCAGAGGGAAAGGGGAACCCAGAUUCUGUUCUGAGUCUUCUUAAAAGCUUUAGAGAAAAAUUCGAAGAGUCACUCAAGAAGGUUGUUGAGAUGGGUUUUGAUCCGACCACCUCAAGGUUUGUCGACGCUCUGCGCACUGUUUACGCGUUGAAGGAGGAGACAAUAGAAGAGAAGGUCAAUGUCUAUAGAGAGAUCGGCUUGUCCGUGGGAGAUGUAUGGGAAAUGUUCAAGAAGUUCCCAGUCUCUCUGACAUUCUCGGAGAAGAAGAUAACUCAAAAGUUUGAAACCUUGAAGAAGUGUGGACUAGUCGAAGACGAGAUCUGCUCUGUAUUCAAACGCUAUCCUCCGUGCAUUGGAUUGUCUGCAGAGAAUGUGAAGAACAAGACUGAGUUUCUGGUGAAGAAGAUGAACUGGCCAGUAAAGUCCCUGAUUUCGAACCCUGCGGUACUUGGAUUGAGCAUGGAGAAGAGGACUGUCCCAAGGUGUAACGUAAUCAAAGCUCUCAUGUCCAAAGGAUUACUAGGAGAAGAAGGAAGUGAACUCCCUAGAAUGCAGUCCGUCUUGGUAUGUACUGAUGAGGAUUUCUUAAAAAGGUAUGUGAGGAAUCUUGAUGACGAUCAGCUUGUGGCUGAGUUGAUGUCUAUUUUAAACUGGAGAGCAGAGAAAAACAGAUAA